AUGGUUGCCGGGGAGUCGCCGGAGUGGCUUCCUCCGGGUUUUACUGAGAAGGUGAAGUACAAGAAUGGGAAGAAGAUUAAGUACUACUACAAUGAUGCAACAGACACAAAAUAUUAUUCCAAGAAAGAUGUAUUAAGUUGUGGUACAGCCGAAAAUGGGAUCAUUGAUGCGCCUCAAAGUCCAAUAUCAAAUGCAGAAAAAGACAUCUCCUCUAAUGGCGAAGUUGAAGCUGGGUUAGAUACAACAGAUGACUCGCCAAAAUGGUUGCCUGAUGGAUGGAAAAUGGAGGAGAAAAAACGACAAAGAGGUCCACGCAAAGGAUCUGUGUACAAGGUAUAUACUCAUGUGUCAUCUGGAAACAUAUUUUAUUCGAUGGUAGCCGUCACUCGAUACUUGAAUUCCCAAAAUCGUGCCACUAGUAAACUGGACGAAUCAUCUACAAAUGGCCUAUCCAUCACAAACACAAGUGUCAUUCAAGAAGGAAAAGAAGAGAGCCCUUCUAAGACGGUAUGUACUUUGAUGCGUUCAAAACGUGACAAAGAGGAUGAACAAUCUCCACUCAUUUCUCCACAAAGCCUGUGCAUGACAAAUCCUGGUAGCUCUCAUGGAAAGAAAAAGAAAGCCAGCUCUUUCAUACCGAUUGCCUCUGAAAGCUCUGCAGCUGAUGACCUGCCUUCAGGCUGGAUAAAAGAAAUCAUAACAAGUAAAUGUGGGAGUAAAAUUAGAAAGGAUCCGUACUAUAUUGACCCGAUCAGUGGCUACAUGUUUCGUUCUAAACCAGAUGCCAUGCGGUUCAUUAAUACCAAUGAUAUUCGUUACUGUGCUAUCAGGCCAAGAAAAAAGGAGUCGACUGAGCUGAAUCUGGUCAAGAAUGAAGUCCAGUCUUCAAGUGCUGCUCACGAGAAAUUACUAGAACGCCCCCAACGACGUUUUGCCGGUGGAGAAUCGGACGGAUCCAAUGUAAUAAUGUACCCAGCAAAUUCAGAAGAGAAAAUUACGUACAAUAACUCAUUACCCGACCCGGAAAAUAAAUCAGCUCCUGAAGACAAACCCGAGCAGCAGACUCCCAAAUCCGCGGGGACGGAAAAAAAACAAACCGAGAAAAAACCUCGGUCAAACUCGAAAAACCCCAGGAAAAGAAAAGAUCCAAUCUUUCCUUCACGGGCCUCAAAGAGGCUCGCUGGCACUGAACCCAAAGCGCCGCCACACAAUUAUGCCUCAGCCACUGAAGAAGCUAAUAAUAAUUCCCAAAAUACCCCUGCUAAUAAUAUUCCUCCAUCGUCUGAAACUCCAAAAGAAACCGAAAAUCCUCCAAAUGGGACCACCGAAAAUCCUCUGAACGAUGCCCCGGUUAUUCCAGAAGCGAAAAUCGAGGCCAAGGCUGAAGAGAAUAAUAAUAAUAAUAAUAAUAGCAAGCAAGAAUCACAGCUUUUUUUGGAUUUUGGCGAUUCUUGGUCCGACCCGUUGGAAUUUGCGCUCAAGACUCUAAGGGGUGAGAUCUCGAUCGAUGACACAUUGGCUGCAUUCCCGGGCUGCUUCAACAAGAAUCUCAGUGUACCUUACAAUAACAAUAGUAACAAUAAUUUGUUGGAUGGAAUCUUUGGACCAACAGAGACUAAAUCCAGUUUGCCCGACAUUUUUCGAAAUGACGAAACUUCCCCCAGCUGCGGAUCUUCCAGGCAGCAAGGUGGGGCCGAACAGUUGCCGGUAAAUUCGUCUGCCUUUGGAAAUACGAGCCUUCCUCCGGGUUUUGGUGGCGAUGAUGCCGGGCAGAAGAAUGGCCAGUCAAAGUUUGCCUUUAACCCUUAG